GGGGGACCUCAGUGCGAUUUGCUUCAGUUGAAUCAUUGGUUUUAAAAAUAUCUUUAUGGCUUCUUUUGAUUGGGAACCCAUAGUUAUCAAACUGUAAUGCCUUGGAUCGUGUUACACAAUGAUUUUGGCGCUAUUCCACGAAGUUUAGGAAUGGUGAAUGGUGUAAACAAUUGAUAAAGGCUACAACUUGUAUAAAAAAGCAGAAACAAGUGUAAAGAAACAUAAGCAAUACAAUGGUUCGCGAUGUGAAGUUUUAAAGAUGACAUUGUAGUUAAUCUGAAUGUACUACGAGUUACAUAAUCAGUUUUAGAUAGAAGCCGCACUUGUUCCAAAAAUAGAUUAAAGGCGCACUUUUCCCGAAUCACUAGUGUUUGUUUUGCAUGCAUUUAAUUCAAUCACGUCACAGUCGCUAAUGCAGCAAGUGUAAUUGUGACGUAAUAUUUGCUACGUCAGAUUGAUGUAGUAAGAAAUAAAUAGCGUCGCGUUUGAUAGUUCAUUGCCUACAAGCUGAGAUUCGAAUGAACAGAGCUACGUUCAGGCAGUGAUCGAAAUAUACUAGUGUUUGUUGAUAUAUCAAAAUUGAUGAGAUAUCACUGAAGAUGGAAGAUUUACUCAAGGUUUCUUUAGACCAACCUAACAAUCAGCGUAUCCAGACAGAGCCUUUCAGAGUUGCUGAGGAUGUGUUCAAAACCCAAGAUGCCUCGUGCCAAGAGACAAAGAGAGUUGUUUCAGAUGGUCAGGAUGGAGAAGGCUCGAUUUUUCAUGAUUUGCUGCAGACCUUCAGUCAAGAGGGUGAUGAUCUUGACGAAAACGUAGCUGCAGGAAACCACGAUGGCAGUUUUUCAAGGAAGGACGCCUUGAAUUCAUGCAGUGCGUCUGCUGUCUCAGAUGGAUCGACUUAUGCAGAUGCCGAUGAGUUCUACGAUUUUGGCGAAACUUCUGAUGAAGAACAAAGCUCUCCUAACAAUGCUGAGGAAACGAUUUCUGCUGAAGAUUCAGGGGAUUCCGCAGAUUACCUUCCGGCUGAUGCAUUGAAUCCGGCACUGAAAGAUGUUGAGAGCAACGAAGAAGAUGAAUGCUUGGAAGACGCUCAGAGGUAAUUUUUCUUGGUGAUAUCUUUUGAACAGUUUUGUAGAAAGGAUUCAUUGCAAACAAUUCUGCAAAAAUAUUAUCAUGUGCAUAUAUUAAUAGAUAUAUCAUAUAAGUUAAUGCUUCUUAAACUAAGGUCCAAUGC